GUUUCUUUUUUUUUUUCUCUUUUUGUUGUUUUUUUUUUUUUUAAUUUAUUUUUUUUUUAAUCCCCCCUUCUCCCCCCGAUGUAUUUUUUGCUGUCCCCCCCCGGCAUGGCCCCGCUGUGCUGGCUGCUGGGCUCGCUGGUGGCCGCGGUGGCUGGGGGGGGGUCGGUGGAGCAGCCCCCCGCCCCCGAGCCCGCCUGCCCCGUGUGCCUGUGGCGGCGGCAGAGCAAAGAGCUGCGGCUGGAGAGCAUCAAGUCGCAGAUCCUGAGCAAGCUGCGGCUGAAGGAAGCGCCCAACAUCACCCGGGAGGUGGUGAAGCAGCUGCUGCCCAAGGCCCCCCCGCUCCAGCAGCUCCUGGACCUCCACGACUUCCAGGGGGACUCGCUGCAGCACGACGAGUACCUGGAGGAGGACGAGUACCACGCCACCACCGAGACCGUCAUCAGCAUGGCCCAGGAAACGGACCCGGCGGUGCAGAUCGAGGGCAGCCCGCACUGCUGCUUCUUCAACUUCAGCCCCAAGGUCAUGUUCACCAAGGUGGUGAAGGCGCAGCUCUGGGUGUACCUGCGGCCGGUGCAGCACACCGCCACCGUCUACCUGCAGAUCCUGCGCCUCAAGCCCGUCACGGAGCAGGGCAGCCGCCACAUCCGCAUCCGCUCGCUGAAAAUCGAGCUCAACUCCCGCGCCGGCCACUGGCAGAGCAUCGACUUCAAGCACGUCCUGCAGAACUGGUUCAAGCAGCCCCACAACAACUGGGGCAUCGAGAUCAACGCCUUCGACCCCAACGGCAACGACCUGGCUGUCACCUCGCUGGGGCCCGGCGCCGAGGGGCUGCACCCCUUCAUGGAGCUGCGGGUGCUGGAGAACAACAAGCGCUCGCGGCGGAACCUGGGGCUGGACUGCGACGAGCACUCGGCGGAGUCGCGCUGCUGCCGCUACCCGCUGACCGUGGACUUCGAGGCGUUCGGCUGGGACUGGAUCAUCGCCCCCAAGCGCUACAAGGCCAACUACUGCUCGGGCCAGUGCGAGUACAUGUUCAUGCAGAAGUACCCGCACACGCACCUGGUGCAGCAGGCCAACCCCCGCGGCUCGGCCGGGCCCUGCUGCACGCCCACCAAGAUGUCCCCCAUCAACAUGCUCUACUUCAACGACAAGCAGCAGAUCAUCUACGGCAAGAUCCCCGGCAUGGUGGUGGAUCGCUGCGGCUGCUCCUAGAGCCGCCCCGCCUGCCCUCCUUCCUCCCCCGCCUGCCUCCCCUCCGAGCGAGCCCCCCCUGCCCCCGCGGCCUCCUCUUUUUUGCCGCUUUUUUUUUUGGUUUUUUUUCUUUUCUGGUUUUGUUGUCGGUUCGGGGCGGGGCGGGAAGCGAAAAGCGACAAAGGCCAAGCGUUGAAAUCGGUUUGGACGGCGGAGGAGAGAGAGAGAGGAGGAGAAUCCCACGGAGCAGCGACCCCGCGAUCCCACGCGCAUUGUGCAAUAAAAGCGAGCGGACGGAGAAGGGAAAGGGGGGGACGGGGGGGCGCCGGGACCCCCGGGCCGCGGUGGCGACACGGGGACACCGCGGGGACACGGCCCCGGCUGGCGGCUCCCCCGGGCCAGCCCAGCGGGGAGAGCAGCAGCAGGAGGAAGAGGAGGAGGAGGAGGAGGAGGAGGAGGAAGAGCGAGCGCACCCCGCGUCUCCCCGUGCUCCUGGAGCAGCGCCGGGGACACCGCUGGUGGCACCGCUGGUGGCACCCAAGGCGGGGUGACCCCGUCCCCGCGGCCGCAGCGAGGUCCGGCCGCGGGACCCACCCCCGGGACCGGGAGGAAAGCGCCUCCCUUCUUUAAUUUAUUUAUUUAUUAAUCGCCCUCCCGGCCGGCGCUCGCCCCGCUCCCUCCCCUCGCAGCCGGGACCGGCUCCGGAGGGGCCGCUCCGGCCCGGAGAGCCCCGGGACCCCCGGGCAAGGGCGGCCGCAGGGGCCGGAGCCUCCGCCCGGGCUUUGGAUGCAGCCCUGGCACCGGCCCCGGGGCCCCGGCGCUUUCCCGGGGGGUGAGGGCGGUCCGGCGGCCCGGGGGUCACCCGGAGGCGACACCAGAAUUGUUGGGAGGCUCCGGCUGGGGCUGAAAUUCCGCUUACGCCGCACAUUCGCCUCCCGCUGCCCUCGGAGGGUUUGGGUUUUGUUUUUAUUUUUUUUUCUUUUUUUUUUCCCCUGUUGUUUGUGUUUGUUUCACGUGAGAACGAACCCCCCGCGUCUCCCCAGGCUCCGCCGCGGCUCCCGCGGUUCCUCCCGGCCCCGAGCGAUGCGGGCGGGGCGCGGCCCCGGCGCCGGAGCGGCCGCGGCCGGAGGAGGCUCCGGGAAGGGGGAGAAGCCCCCGCGGCCCCCGGGCCCAGCACUUAUCCCCAGGGGGCCGCGGGGGGACGCGGCCCCGGCCCGGGGGGCUCCGGGCGGAGCAGCACUUAGGGGGACUCACGGGCCGGGGCCUCUCGGCAUCUUUAGCACUUGUCGCCGGCUCCGCCGCAGCCCCGCGGAGCCCCGGAGCGCUCACGGGGCCGGGGCGGCCCCGGGGGGAGGAACGCGGCUCCCCCGGGCCCCCCCUCCUGCCGCCGCAGCACUUAGGGGGCCCCCGGUGCCGCCGCCCGGUGCCGCCGCCCGGUGCCGCCGCCCUGGUGUCGCCGGCGGGGCCCGCAGCGAGGGAACGGGGAUGGGGAAAGCCGGGGAGGGGGGCGGAAGGGAAGGGAGGGGUCCCCGCGCCCCCAAAAGGGGCACAAGCCUGGCCCCAGUGACCCCCAGCCCCUCGCGGUGACCCCCAGCCGGGGAUGCCAAUCCGGGGUCGGGGGUCGCGGCGCCCCCCGGCCCUGCCCCUCGGUGCCCGGGGGGUCCGGGGCCGGAGCGGGGCAGGGGACGCCCCCGUGGCCAGCGCUGCCCCCACCGGGAGAGGUCCAGAACCGCUGGGAGGGACUGGGAGCCCCAAAAGCCGCGGUCCCGCACCCCAAAAACCCCGCGGGGACCCGGGGCUGGCACGGGCAGGUGGCACUGGAGGGGACAGGAAGGGAGGGUGGGAACUGGGACCAGUCUGAGCCGGGCACUGGGACCAGUUCAGGACCGGACACUGGAACCCCCCAGCUCCAGGCACUGGGACCAGUGCCCAGGACUGACCAGUCCCAGUGCCCAGCUCUAACUGGUCCCAGUGCCCGGCUCUGACUGGUCCCAGUGCCCAGCUCUAACUGGUCCCAGUACCCAGCUCUAACUGGUCCCAGUGCCCAGCUCUAACUGGUCCCAGUACCCAGCUCUGACUGGUCCCAGUACCCAGCUCUAACUGGUCCCAGUGCCCGGCUCUAACUGGUCCCAGUGCCCGGUGCUGACUGGUGCCACAGGCAGAGGGUGGCGGGGGGGGGGGGUGGCGGCCCCCCGAGUAUAUUAUUAUUCUAAUUAUUCUAAUUAUUCUAAUUAUUUCCCGCUCUCGGGCUGUGCGUGACGUCUUAGGUUCCUUUUCUGUUGGUCCGUUCGUUGUUUUUGUCCCUCGUUCUGUCGCUCCGGGGGGACCCGGGGGGGUCCCGGGGGGGGUCCCGGGGGAGGGGGGGGCGGGGCCGAACUCAGCACUUGAACAGCAAAAAUAUAAAAAGAAAGAAUAAAAAAAAUUUCCAAAAAAAA